AUGCCCUCAUAUUUCUACCACCUCGCAAUCGAAUUAUUUGCUCGUCCCCAGUCAAGUCUCCAAAGUGCCACCCAAGGCUUAGACAAAGAACCACCCACUUCUUUAUCGUUUGACUCCGCAUGUGAAGCACUACUUCCGUUCCAGAAGCGGCCAACGCAUACAACAACUUCCACGAGCCGAAGCGCACGGCAUCUCUCGCAUGACCAGACCCAAUUGUCUGCCGCGUCUAACUACAACCUACAAUCGAGCUCUUCGAGCGGUAUUCGCAGCGCUGGAGCCGCGUCUACUGCCCCUCCUACAGGCCAUCCCGCUACCCCACACCUCUACACGAGAUCGCCGAUAAGCGCCUCCGACAUCGAGAACGAUUCAAGGCUAGAUAAGGUGUCCAUUGAAUGCAUUGAUAUGGUUGCAACAGAGCCAGACACAACAGCCUCAUCGAAGCGUGUGGCCGGGAGAAAUCUCUUGGACAAUCCUGUCGCGACGGGCAUCGGGACUGAUAUCCUGGGUGGUCUCCGGACAAAGGGCCGAUAUAUCCCGCUUGAUCAGACAACGUCGGAAAGCGUUUGGGGAAUCGUCCAUCUCUACCGCGAUGCUCAGGAGACGCCGUUCUUGACUGAUGAGGAGUACCCAUCGUACCUGAAGGGUUCGGCGGCCGCGAGACAGCCGAGUGACCAGCUAGGUGGGGAUAAUAAUAUUAGUCGGUCGAGGCAGGAUGGGCGUGGGGUUGAGGAGGGAUUGUCUGCGUUGCAGUUGCAGCCGGAUGGUGACUGCACGACGUUAUGCAUUCUAGCUGUGCCGUCGUAUCUUUCGCCGUCGGAUUUUUUGGGAUUUGUUGGUGAGGCGACGAUGGAUGAUGUUAGUCAUUUCCGGAUGAUCAAGACGGCCAGGGCGAAUCGGUAUAUGGUUCUGAUUAAGUUUCGGAGUGGGAGGAAGGCCAAGGAGUGGCAGAAGGAGUGGAAUGGUAAAGUAUUUAACAGUAUGGAGCCCGAAACAUGCCAUGUUGUAUUUGUCAAAACCGUCGAGAUUCAGGCUGUCGAACCUGGGACAAAGUCGAGUGGCUCUGCUAUUCAACAAAGUGCCCGUUUACCAUCCCACACCGCGACGAGCCCCCAGCGGGUGGCUGUAUCUUCUGCAGGCCAGUCGAGCACCAUUCCCUCCGCUACUCUAUCUACAAAACCCCUAGCACCACGUACGCCUGCUCUCAUCGAGCUACCGACUUGUCCUGUUUGCCUGGAGCGCAUGGACGAGACUACCGGUCUACUGACUAUCAUAUGUCAGCAUGUCUUCCAUUGCACAUGUCUGCAGAAAUGGAAAGGAAGCGGCUGUCCUGUCUGUCGAUACACCCAGGAUGACUUCCGUAGAAACAGUCAAGCCAUCCCCUUUGGAGGAGACGAACCUGCUGAAUGUGCCGUCUGUCGCUCAGAACUUAACCUCUGGGUGUGUCUCAUUUGCGGAACUGUUGGCUGUGGUCGUUACGACGGAGCACAUGCCUUUGCACACUACAAAGAAACCGCUCACGCAUUUGCCAUGGACCUCGCCACACAACGCGUCUGGGACUAUGUAGGCGAUGCAUACGUCCACCGCAUCAUCCAAAGCAAAACCGACGGAAAACUCGUGGAACUCCCAGCAGCAGAUAACAGCGCCCUCGACCCCCCAGACUGGUCUGACGCGGUUCCCCGCGAAAAGCUCGAAAACAUGAGCGUGGAAUACACGCAUCUCCUAACCAGCCAGCUGGAAAGCCAGCGCGCAUAUUACGAAGAAAUCGUCGAGCGAGCCGCAGACAAGGCCUCACAAGCCAGUGCCGCAGCAGCAUCCGCCCAAGAAGCAGUCGAGAAAAUGACGGCAAGCUUCAAGGGCCUCCAAUCACAAUACGACAAACUAGCCAACGAGACCAUACCCAGUCUCGACCGCGACAAAACCCGUGCGGAGAAACGGGCGGAGAAAUUCGAGACCAUGGCGCGGAAGAUGGAAAAAGAGUGGCGCGAGGAAAAGACGAUGAAUGAGUCUCUUAUGAAACGUAUCGAGCAUGUUACUUCUGAGGCUGAAGGUCUUAGGGUUUCGAAUGCGGAUUUGACCGAGCAGAAUCGCGACCUUACUUUCUUUAUUAGUGGAUCGGAGAGAUUGAAAGAUCAGACUGAGGACAUUGUACAGGGCACUGUCAGUGUUCCGGAACCGGAGACGAAGAAGAAGAAGGGAAAGGGGAGGAAGAGGUAG